UGUGUGUGUGUGUGAGCAAGAGAGGGAGAGAGAGAGAGAGAGAGAGAGAGAGAGAGAGAGAGAGAGAAUCAGGGAGCUAUCCGUGCUGUUUGCUUAUCGUUUUUCUUCCUCUUCAGAGUGCUGUGUGUGUGACAGAAGGUGUGAGUAUGUGGUGUGAGUGAGUAUGUGGUGUGUGUGACUGUGUGACUGUGUGUGUGUGUGUGUGUUUUUAUGGACGCCAUGGACGAUGAGUUGAAAUGUCCAGUAUGCGGGUCCUUCUACAAGGAGCCGAUAAUUUUGCCGUGCUCGCACAACGUGUGCUUGGCGUGCGCCAGGAACAUCACCGUGCAGACUCCGGAUGGUGAACAGCCUCAUCCGCCGAGCCGCGCGUCGGCAGGCUCGGACUACGACUACACGGACGCUGAUAAACUGAGCGAGACGGACAGCGGCUACGGCUCAUACACGCCGUGCGCUAAGUCGCCGAACGGCGUUCGCGUUUUCCCGCCGGCGCUGACGCCCUCGGCCCACCGCCACCGCUCCGUGACGUGCCCGCUGUGCCACCGCAGCGCCUCGCUGGACGAACGGGGCCUCCGUGGUUUCCCGCGCAACCGCCUGCUCGAGUCUGUGGUGGCCCGGUGCCGCGCGACCCCCGCCAAGUGCCAGCUCUGCGACCGCAACCCUGCUGACGCCACGAUCAUGUGCGAGCAGUGCGACGUGCUGUACUGCGCGCCGUGUCAGCAGCGGUGUCACCCCGCCCGAGGGCCUCUGGCCAAGCAUCGGCUCGUGUCGCCCGCCAACGGCGCCGCCGCGCGCACCGCAGCAACAGCAGCAGCAGCUGGAGCGCAAUCACCAUCCGCCUCCUCUGCGUGCCCCGAACAUGACGCUCAGAGCUGCAGCGCGUACUGUAUCACCUGCAAGAUCCCAGUGUGUUACCUGUGUAUGGAGGACAGCAAGCACGGAAAACACGACGUGAAACCCAUAGCGGCCAUGUGGAAGCAGCACAAGUGCCAGUUGUCUCAGGCGUUGAACGGCGUCUCUGAUAAAGCCAAGGAUGCCAAGGAGUUCCUGGUGCAGCUGAAGAACCUGCUCCAACAGAUCCAGGAGAAUGGCGUGGAGUUCGAAGCCUGUCUGGUGGCUCAGUGUGACGCCCUGAUUGAAGCGCUCACGCGGCAGAAAGCCAAGCUGCUCACCAAGGUCACGAAGGAGAAAGAGAGCAAGCUGAAGACCGUGAGAGACCAGAUCACACACUGCACCAUGAAGCUGAGGCAGACCACCGGCAUGAUGGAGUUCUGCCUUGAGGUCAUCAAGGAGAACGACCCGAGCGGAUUCCUGCUGAUCUCGGACGCGUUGAUUAAACGUGUUCAGCUCUCUCAGGAUCAGUGGGUUAAAGGUGCGCUGGAGCCAAAGGUUUGCCCCGAGUUCAACCUGAGCCUCAACACUGACCCUCUGCUGCAGGUCAUACUACAACUCGACUUUAUCCAGGACCGGGAUUCACUCACUCAGGAGUCUCCGUUACUGAGACAAAAACUUGCAGGCGUCCGGAAAGAGACGCCGAGUGCAGGAGCAGAGAACCCUGGAGUCCCUCCUGCUCCGUUACUGGAGCUGGAAAAGUGUUGCCUACGAAACAACAGCGCCACCCUGGCCUGGAGGUUAAUAACACCUCAGCCGCUAUCGGUGGAGGGCUACAUCCUGGAGCUGGAUGAUGGAAAUGGUGGACAAUACCGGGAGGUGUAUGUGGGGAUGGAGACGGUGUGCACAGUGGAUGGUCUCCACUUCAACAGCUCCUACAAUGCUCGUGUCAAAGCCUACAACUCCAUCGGAGUUGGGGCUUACAGCAAGACCGUGGUCUUAAAGACAUCAGAUGUUGCCUGGUUCACAUUUGACCCUACCUCAGCGCAUAGGGACAUUGUUCUGUCCAAUGACAACCAGACCGUGAGCUGCAACAGCUAUGAUGACCGUGUGGUGCUCGGAACGGCUGCUUUCUCCAAAGGAGUCCAUUACUGGGAGCUCAGCAUCGAUCGCUACGAUAACCACCCGGAUCCUGCUUUUGGUGUGGCACGCAUUAACACGGCGAGGGAUGCUAUGCUUGGGAAAGAUGAUAAAGCCUGGGCCAUGUAUGUGGACAACAACCGUUCAUGGUUCAUGCACAACAACUCCCACACCAACAGGGCUGAAGGGGGAAUAACUAAAGGCUCGAACGUUGGUGUUCUCCUGGACCUGAUGAAACACACACUCACAUUUUUCAUCAACAAAGAACAGCAUGGCCCUGUGGCCUUUGAGAACAUGGAGGGUGUGUUUAUGCCUGCGGUCAGCCUCAACCGCAACGUACAGGUGACACUAAUCACAGGCUUAGAAGUACCAAAGAACAUCAAAUAACGACCUCUGACCUGUGGGAAUACGGUACAUCUCAAACAGUUGUACCUCCGGGUUAUUUUUCUUCACGAGGCAAAGCCGCAUCUCAACGACAUUCGAUUGGAGAUCAAAGACUUCUUAAUGACUACAUCUCAAAUAUAUUUAUGUUGUUUUUUUCAUAUUCCUAAUGGAAUCUCAGUGUGUACAAUCAAAACUCACCGUGUUUACAGUAAACUCAUCCCAGGCAGCGUUCCCUAGAGGAGCAGAAAGCUUUGAAAGAGAGCUUAAUGUCUGUUUAUCCAAACUUCAUCCAUCUGUGUUCUUCAAAAUGUAAGCUUAUCUUGGUUAUAAAUGUUUAGCUGAUGUACAAGCUGAAGCAUUCAGUGGUGAAAUUCUGCUUGGUAGGUCAACGGAGUCGGAUCGACUAACCAGCACCGUGACCUACUUGCUGUAUACAGUAUGAUAUAAUAACUCGGUAUAGCUGAUUUUUUGCAAAGUGGCAACUGUGAUAUACAAUUGUGAAUCUGGUUCUCAUGCUUCUCUCAAUCUCUCAACGGGUCAUUUAAUGGGAUUAGUAUCUCGUAUCUCUGGAAGCUGUAAAACCGGAGUCGGCAAACAGCAAGAUGAGCUACCAAACAAUGCUGGGUUAUUUAUUUAACCCUAACCCUAGUAAAGUGGCAUCUAUUUGAUGCGCUAGUGUAUUACCUAAUCUAAUGUACAUACAAAAAAUUUGGGGUCUGUCGACUUUAAAUUGUCUGAAAAUUUGUUAUAUGCUUUUCUUGUUGUCCAAAUUUUAAUCUAGAAAUCCCUCUUACCAUCAAAAUCAUCUAUACUUGUUUAUAUCAUUAGCAGAACUUGGGGCUAAAGAUCCUGUAUUGGGCCUCAAAACCAAGCAAAUUGGUUAGCUAUAAGGUUCCACUUUGGUGGCAACAUUAUGCCAGUGAGUGUUUUAGGUUUGUAGGUUAAAGAGAAACAUGUAGAAUCCCACAGCAUUCUUUGGUUUGUCCCACUGAAGACAACCUCAAUGAUUCUAUGCAGAACCUAAAAAAGAAAGGUUUUAAAAAGCUACAGCUUAAAAUCAU